GGAAAUAGAUAAAUUGCAGACGUAUAAGCUGUUCAUCUAGUGCUAGUGAUAUUUCCCUUGAUUCUCUUCUAUUCACUUUUAAUUUCUCUUAUUUAUUAAAUAAUAUUGUCAAACGAGGAACUAACAGAUGGAAAACAAUGGACGUCUUCAGUAAGAUAAAGUCAACAGUUAGUGGAGCACUACCUGGGAAUCCAGUAACAAGAGAUUUUGAAGUGUUAACUCUGCAAGGAAGUGGAGGCCCCUGUUAUCAGUGGAAGAUUCAUGCAGCUGUUAAGAAAAGCACCAAAGAGAAUGCUGCUGUUUGGAUAUUCGACAAGAAGUUAGUAGAAAAAUAUUCUAAACCUGAUCGCGAAAUAGUUAUUAGUAUCAUAAAACGAGGAGUCUCUCAGCUAACUAAAUUAAGACAUCCUAAAAUCCUCUCUGUUAUGCAUCCACUCGAAGAGUCAAGGGAUUCAUUAGCAUUUGUGACCGAGCCAGUGUUUUCAAGUCUAGGAAAUAUUCUUGGUGAUCAUACAAAUUUAUCGUCAAACAUUCCUUCUAAUUUACAAAAUUUCAAAUUGUUUCCUGUUGAAGUAAAAUAUGGUUUAUUGCAAAUCACAGAGGGUUUAACAUUUCUUCAUAAUAGCGCAAAGCUAGUUCAUUUUGCUUUAUCUCCUUCAAGCAUUAUUUUAAAUAAGAAUGGAGCUUGGAAACUAUUUGGUUUUGAUUUUUCAAUCCCAAACUCAAAUAGCAAUGACCAAGAACCUUUUUGGGCUUGUCCUGAAUGGAGAUCGAGCCUUCCUCCAAUAGCGCAGCCUCCGCUUAAUUUCACAUCUCCAGAAAGUAUACUGCAGCAAGCUAGUUCUCCUGCCAGCGAUAUGUAUUCGCUGGGAAUUCUGUUUUAUGCCCUGCAUAAUGAAGGAAAAACACCCUAUGAUUGUCGCGAUAAUCUAGACGGAUUUCGAUCAAAUAUCGAAAAGUUACGAACUAUUAGAAAUUCUAUUUCACACGAUUUACCAGAAGAAAUAAGAGAGCAAGUUAAAAUGCUAUUAAACACAGAACCAACUUUACGACCAGAUGCUGACCAAAUGUCCAAAGUACCAUAUUUUGAAGAUGUUGGCGUAAUGACUCUACAAUAUUUGGAUUCGCUUUUUCAAAGAGAUAAUUUGGAAAAGUCUAAAUUUUUCAAAGGUUUACCUCAGAUUAUUAACCAAAUGCCAUUGAGAGUUCAACUGAAUCGCGUUAUACCAUGUAUCGCUAAGGAAUUUUCGAAUCCAAAUAUGGUCCCUUUCGUUCUGCCAACUACUUUAAGUGUAGCUGAAAAAUCGUCAGAUAAGGAAUACAUGGAAUUAAUAUGGCCAGACUUGAAAGCAGUUUUUUCACUGAGAGAUCCUGUACAAAUAUCUUUGAUAUUUCUUCAAAAUAUGAAUUUAUUAUUGAGUAAAACUUCAUCUGUUGAGAUAAGGGAUGUUGUUCUGCCCAUGGUUUAUAGAUGUUUAGAAGGAAAUGCUGCUCAAAUACAGGAACUAUGUCUCGAAAUUCUGCCUACUUUUGCUAAUUUGGUUGAAUACAAUUCCAUCAAGAAUCAUGUUAUCCCCAGAAUUAGAAAGCUGGCUUUGCAAACAUCUAUUUUAAGUGUGAGGGUUAAUUGCUUAAUAUGUAUUGGAAAGAUAAUGGAAUAUAUGGAUAAAUGGUAUGUAUUGGACGAUAUUUUUCCAAUACUAACAGAAAUACCAUCUAGAGAACCAGCUGUGUUAAUGAGUAUGCUAGGAAUUUAUAAAGUAGCGCUAACCCAUAAAAAAUUAGGAAUUACAAAGGAUAUUAUGGCAAAUCGGGUAUUACCGUUUAUUAUACCCCUUUCUAUUGACAACAGUUUAAAUUUAAAUCAGUUCAAUGCUUUCAUGUCAAUUAUACGCGAUAUGCUGAAUAAAGUAGAGGAUGAACAUAGAGUAAAAUUAGAACAAAUAAAGUCUAUACAGGAUGAACAAAGAGGUUUAGAUUUUAAACAUCAUGCUGCUAACAAUGUUAAAUCCGAAGAAAAUAAGCAAAAUAAUGGCAACACAUUGAUGGACGGAUUUAUGUCAACUUUCAAUGGGAAUGGUACAGAAAAUACAAAUAAUAAGGCUUCAACGAAAAAUUUUUCUAAUUCUAAGCCUCAGCUGACAAUGGAAGAAAAGCUUAAACUGACACGACAAACAGAACAAAAAAAUUUAUAUGCUGAAAAUUCAUCAACUCAAUUGAAACCUUUAAAUAACUUGAAUCAGUCGGUAACUGCACAAAAAGCAUCGACAGUUAAAGAUUUAAGCUCUCAAUUACAAGAUUCACUUAUUUCUCCAAUAUCCCAAGCACAAAACAGAUCUAUGACUCCAAAUACCAUGCCUAUGACUCCACAAAGUAUGCCUAUGACUCCACAAAGUCUGCCUAUGACCCCACGAAGUGUGCCUAUGAUACCACAAAGCAGACCUGUCAGUAGUAGACCAACUAAAACCAACCCGUUUCUUCAACCGAGGAAUGCACCGUCAUCGUUUCAACCACAAGCGACCUCCCAACAAGCAAAUCCUUUGCAACCAAUUUCUCCCAUGAUGAAUUUUUCAUACCGUCCGAAUAUUCCUGUAACUCCUCCGAAUCCAAUUUAUUCAAAUUUACAAAUGUCAAAACAGAAUACUCCUGGAACGAAUAAUGCUGGCAAAAGUAAUGACAAAACAGCCAAUGACGAAUUACAAGAUAUAUUUGGCUAAAGUAUACAUUUUCUUUGACUUUUUCAUCUAUUUCAAUUGUAACCUGAACAGUUAUUUUUAACGUUUACCGUCUAGUCAUAUUUCUUUCCAGAGUACGUUUUCAGUUUAUUUAUAAGCAUUUAUUUCAAGAUAAUUUUACGUUUCAAUUGAAAUUGAAAUUACUUUUGUUACGCUGCCAAUAACAAUCACUAAUUUUCGAACACUUUUCUUUACAGCCCAUAUAUUUUGGACAAACUUUUGAAUUAUAUCUUCGAACGCUGACUUAUCUCUUUCUAGUCAGAGUAAUCUUUAAUCAUGUAUUUUCAUAGAGCAAACACUAAAGAAUUUUUAAUCUUUAUAUUGUCUAUACCAUCAGCAUGAUGGACGAGAAUUGCUUGUUACAAAAAGGAAAAUAGUAAGCGGCAAUUUGCAUAUUAUCCGCCAUCAGUCACCAUAUCUUAGCUUGUCGCAAUUUCAUUAACAUUCUUGCAUAAUUGCCUCUAGCGUUUGGCGUAGCUGAAAAUCGCCAUCUGUAGUUUUUCUUUGACAUCAACUUAUUAAGUAGGAUUAUUAACAGACACUAAUUAAAAAUCGAUAAAGAAGUAUAAGUGUAAAAGUUAUUGAUAGAUAAUCUAAUUGGAGUUUUAACGAUUUAGUUUUUAUACCUUUUCUUUAUUUCAAAGGUGAAACAAACGGAUAUCCUGCUUGACAAGAACUUCUUUUCCCUAUAUUUACUUAUGUAACAUCAUUGACAUUCAUCUAAUCAAUUUUUCUUUAUGUCAACUACCUUUUUUUGUUUUUCUUAGAACACGCCUACGAGUAUAAAAUUCCUUGAAAAACAUUCUUUUAUUACGACUUGGUGCUCUAAUCUAUUCGAUCUUAUCUAAGAUAAUCUAGAAUACAACAAAAAAUUUCCUUAUCUCUCCUAUGUAAUAAUCAGUUUAUAAUACUCUUAAAGCUUUAACAACCCCUCCAACUGCGAAAUAUCUUAUCGUUAUGUAAGAAAUUCUCUCGCACGUGGUCAUCUGUGCUGUUGCCUGGCAAUACUAACUAAUAUGGCGUCCUUCCCGCCACUUUAUACAAAGUGGUUAUUGAUCUAAGGACUUUUGUUGUUUUCGCUUAUUCUAUAGCCUAAUACCUAUAGGCGAAUAUUGACUGUGAAUUUUUUUUUAACCCACCAUUCAUUUAUAUGUUGAAUGACAAAAUUUUUUAAAGGGAUUAAACAUAAUGGUAGUGAGAGAAAGAGAGAGAGAGAGAGAGAACAAAAGACAUAGAGAGAAAAUUAAAAUAUGCUUAUGUCUUAAGAUUUUUAUAAUAUUAUAAAUCAAAAAAGCAAAAAUUUUCUUUUAUCAAUUGGGUGAUAGACCAUUUUCAAGAGCUAGAGAAAAUGUGUUAAAAUACGAUUGAGAGAGAAGGAAAGAGAGAGAGAGAGAGAUUUACUAGCUUUCAAUGAAUAAAAAAAAUUCAAUUGUAAUUUAGAACAAGAUAGAUUGACUAACUCGUUACUGUUUUUCUUUCAUUUCCUCAUUCAAGCUGAUCCAUAUCAAAUGCUUUACAUUUUCUUAAAAAGCUUGCACUGCAUAUUCAUACAGCAUUAUCAUUAAUAUAUAACUAUAUGUGUAUUUAUAAUCGUGUUUAAAAGUGAAAGUAUAUCAUAUAAAUAGUAUAGAGAGACAGGUUAAUAUAGAUGUUUAUUGGAUUAUCACUAUUAUUAAAAAUUUUUAAACAUUACCGACAAAAGUACCUCUCUUAUUUUCCUUUUUGACCGCCCUCUUAUACUUAUCUUAUAUUAAAUAUUUAUGUUAAUUGGCUUAAUUUCAAAAUAAUUGUUUAUGAU